AUGCUGUUCACAUGGAGCGCCCACGCUGGUCUCGACGCCUUCCGCGCCUAUAUGAUUCGGCAGUGGUUGAACGGGAACUACAGCAACUGGCAAUGCUACGUGACGCCGGCAGGGUUCGCCACAACAAAUAACCCCUGUGAGACUUUUAAGCGCGCGUUGAAACGCGACUACACUCAGCGGCGCAAGUUGAAGAUGGCCGUACUGCUUCAGCACCUACGUGACUGCUGCAGCCACCGCUCCAUGGCCAAGCUGAACUUCAACAGCAAGCCAGCCAACAGUCGUCGUCUAUUUGCCAGAGUGACGGCGUUGCGCAAGCGUGGACACUUGCGCGAGCAUGUGUACGAGCGCGGCAGCAUCAGCUAUCUCCUCGACGACACCCCAGCAAGUAUAGUUCGCCUCGUGUUGGUGCUUCCGCAGCGAUUCUACAUUCCAGCUAGAAACCGGAGCGAAGAAGCGGUCGAGGUUGCUGCUCAGUUUGGCAUAAACUAUGCCAGAAUGGAGACGGAGAGCCAGCCGAGCACAGGUUGGCCGGUCGACGUCGACGCUGGGUUUUGUCCGUGCCGCUACCAUGGCAAGUUCAAGACUUGCACACACCUCUUGUAUGCGCAGCAGCUCAGCAGC